GGGUUACCACGGCGUCUCCGCUGUCAUUUCACCACAACCUGGUUAGCUUACACUUCUCUAAUCAAAGAUGCUUGUGAAGACUUACGAUGACGGAUAGCGCUUCAAAGGGCUCAGGAGGCACUCCAGGUUAAUAUGAUGUGAUGUCUUGGUAAGCUGGCAGUCCCAAUGUAAGAGACAUAUAGAAGAAGGCAGACUGAUGACUCAUGGCGACAAUGUCCCAAACAUGGUCCAUUUUCAUUGCUGUGCUGACCGUGCAGCUUUGCGUAGGUAAGAAGUCCUGUGCCAUCUGGUCCAGCGCUGGACCUGUGGUGAAGCUAGGCUCCAGUUUUGAGGUGUUUUGCACCUUUAACUGCAGUUGCAAGGGAUCCAUGUACAGCGAACACCCGCCCACACGGCAGAGUCACAAAGUAUGGAAUUCUACAACUAUAUCUCAUAAUGUGGUAAACAUAACCAAGAACCGAACAUUCAGCUGCCACUGUUCCUGCGCAUCUGCUCUGGACCCCUGCGGACAGGACAUCUCAGCUGGACACACACCAGACCGCCCUAAAAACAUUUCAUGCAUAUACAAAGAAAGGAAAGUUGUGUUCUGCACGUGGAACAGAGGACGAGACACUUAUCUUAGGAACACUUCAGUGCUGUGGGUGAGAACUGUGUCUGGAAACCAUACAAAUGGGCCGGUUUUGUACAAAGUCUCCAGUAAGGGAACUGCUUUGCCGUCAGCUAGUUUCAAUGUGUCCACGUCCGUCCAGCUGAUCUCUGUGUGGGUUGAAGUCCAAAAUCCACUGGGCUCUGAAAUUUCCAUCACCACCAACUACACGCUCAAUGACAUUGCGAUGCCGUCCACUCCUGUUCUUGGUCCACCCGAGUGCUCUUCCCGAGAGUGCAUCAUCAAAGUGGCGCAGUCUGUGAUGACUCAGCACCUGGAGAUCCAACACAGAGCAGAAGCGGAGACAUGGACAUCUUAUCCAGACACGGUUGUGCGGAAUAGUUUGGUACAGGUCCAGUCUCUGAAGUCCUACACGAUGUACAAUUUCAGAGCCAGAUCCAAAUUCAGCUCCGGCCUGUGGAGUCAGUGGAGCACAAAUGUUUCCAGCUGGACUCAAGAGGAGGCUCCUGCCAAAGAGUUGGAUGUGUGGUACGCCAAAUCAGACUCUGACUUUAAGCAGAGGGUUUAUUGGAAGGAGCCGGACAUUUCCAUCGCUGGAGGGAAAAUCACACAGUACAGAGUCAAAGUUGACAGCCAAAACUCUGAAAGUGUCUGUACUAAUGUUAGUGCCGAUGCCAGGAAUUAUUUAGUCCCGUUCUGUGCCAACUGUGAGGUGACAGUGUGGGCUUGCAACUCUAAAGGACUGUCUCCUCCUGCCAGAAUAACAUCCCAUCACACAAAAGUCAGGCACCCUCAGGAUGUGCUGACAGUAACUGUUGACAACCACACCAUCUCCUGGAGUAAGCCUGAAACUACACUGCUAAGUGCGUAUGUGGUGGAGUGGUACCCAAAGGGCCACAAGCUGGAGGAGCUCAGAUGGGUCAGACUGGGCAGCAAUGACAAACAUACAGUUAUGACAGGCAUUAAGCCAUAUGAGUGCUACGAGGGAGCAGUGUAUGUUUUCUAUAAUAACAUCUCAGUGAGUAGGACCAGGUUUACAGGUGUCACCACUUUGGAAUCAGCCCCAGAAGCUGGUCCAUCCGUCCAAGAGAAGGUUGAGGGAAACACAGUGAAAGUCACCUGGACAGACGUUCCUAGGGGUCAGCGUGGGGGCUGUAUCACCAAGUAUACCAUCUAUUUAGUCUCCAACGGCAAAAACCUACAGACUUACUCAAUAUCGGCAUCAGACAGGUCGCAUAUCAUCAGUGACUUGUCUCCAGCUGCCUACAGCCUGUGGAUGACGGCGUCAACUGCUAAAGGAGAAGGCCGUGCAGGUCAAGAGGUCAAGUUCUUCAUCCAGCAGGAGACCCAAUUAUCCCUGCUACUAGGGUGUGUAGUCGUCCUCCUGAUCGUCCUGUUUCUGCUGUGUCUGUACCAGAUUUCAGCAGUGAAGCAGAGGUUGUUGCUGUUUUCCCAGUGCCUCAUGCUCGAUGUUGUGCCAGACCCUGCCAACAGCAAAUGGGCAAAAGAGUGUACCCAGGAGAAGGGCAAGAUGAACCUCCAGCUGCAGCCGAGUAACUCCACUGUAACCGAAGAGGAAGAAGAGCCUAUCCUGGUGGAUGUUGAGGAGCUGCCCAAGCAGAGCAGUGACACCUGCACACCUACAGACGUCUCUUCGCCACUUCCCCCCCAAACCAGCCUGAGCCUCCUGACAGAGCCGGCCACUGUGCUCUACCCUCUGACCACUUACAUCAAGAGCUUCUCCCAUGACUCAGACAGCUCCGACAACACGCAGACCUCUCUGGACACGAACAUAACCGUUGACUACAUCUCAUCACAUGGGCCAGGAAAUAUAGACGAGGAGGAUCAGGAGGACGAGUACGAGGAAGAGUUUGUAAGAAUGAUGGAUUUCUUCCCCAGUCACAAUAUCUUUAAAGAGCCGCUGGAGUUUGGAAGAAAGUUGACUCUGGAUGCGGUCAAAAUUGACUGCAUUGACUUCUUUCAAAACAGUUAGUGUUAACCUGAAACCAGAACUCUUUGGUGAGAUGAGGUUUGAGCGAAAGCAAUUUUUAGAGGAAGAAGACUGCUAAUCGAAAGAGACGGGACACAGUCACUCAUGAUGGAUUCUUCUUUGUUUUCUGUUUAAAUAUCUUUUUUUUUGAAUCACACAUCUCGCUGAGAUCUGCAUCAACUACCUCCUUUCUAGUUGAAAUCAGAACUGUAACAAAAACAGCUCUCUUGCCAAAGUACCCCACAGCUGUUAUGCAAUAAUAACUUGACUGGAGAAAGUACUUUUGUUUUCAUUUCAUGCAUUACCAUUGUUUUCUCUUCAGAGCAGCAUUGGACACACUAAUACCAUGACCAAAACGAACACAGGACAGGCUGCGAGUAUAUCAGAUAUUGUCAUUUCUGUCUUCUUGAAUAAGGCAUCCAGAUGCUGACAGCACUUAUAAUCCUUUUCUCAGCAGACAUUUUGACUUGCCAUAGACUGAAAGCUCACAGCCUUCGGAGUGUGACAGUGAUCCAGCAUGAACAAGAGCAGGACACUGAAAGUGAGGCAGCUAAAUGGAAUUCAGCCGUCACUGAUUUUAGUUUUUACACCUGUGCUUUUACUACCAUAACAUGUUAAAAUGUUUUCUGUUCUGUGUAAAAGGACAAGUGUAUACUCCAUUAUAGCUUUUUAAUGUUGAGCAUCCUGUAUAUUGGCCGUGCCUUUAAAUACAUCUAUGCUACCUCAAUCUUUGUACAUCUAAAACAGAGAAAAGUAAAUUGCCUCUCCGAUUUGUUGGUGAAUGAUGGCAGAUGAUUUGUUGCUUUUUGCUGAAGAUCUAAAUCAUCUAUAAAAAAAAAUUGCAGCUCUGUAUCUAAAUGAUUCAAUAUUUGGAAACGAGUUUACAGCCAUGCUAGCAGCUCUGUGAGGCUGCACUUAGGUAAAGUGUUGCUUUGAGCUACCAUCAGCGUGCUAACAUGCUCACAACAAUGACAAUGCUGAGGUUAAGCAGGUAGCAUCAUGUUCACCAUCUUAGUUUAGCGUGUUAGCAUGCUAACAUUAGCUAAUAAAUUCUCAACACCAAGUACAGCUGAGGGUGAUGGGAGUGUAAUUUGUUUUGCAGGUACUCUAUUUGGUCAUAAACCAAAGUACUGGAUGAAUUCAAAUUUUGACCUGAUGAUAGGGCCAAAUUAAAGGUCACGGGAUCACCAGUUAUUAAAAUUCAAUCCGUGGGAGGAGCAUCAAGGUGUAAACCAAAACGUAAUGGCAAUCCAUCCCGUAGUUGUCAAGACAUUUCACUGAAGGUCAACCUGCCGGUGGUGCUACAUGAAAAGUCAGGGUACCACCACCGUCAGAAAUGGCUAACAAGUCUCAUUGCAAAUCAGCAAAUAGCUGUAAAGAUGUUUUAAUCUAUUCAAAAUGGUGGAUCGACCAGCAUUGCCUUCCCUAGAUGCUGGUUGCUAGCAUGGCUAAAACAUCGAUGGCUGUUAUCUUUUUCCUUUUCAUCAACAGACUGGAAACAAUAUUUUAAGCAGCAACUGCUCUGAGGAAACUUGAUUUCUUUAUUUAGUCAUGCAGCCUUAACUACAGUCAAAUAUUUAAGUGUAAAUGCAUAUAAACAGGUGAUUUCAUCCUCUGCAUUUGGAAGCACAGAC